UGCCACACAUGAAAAACACAGGCGUUUCAUCUCCAGGACAACGUAUUGUUAAAGGCUCAGACCGAGAAAAACAAUUGUCACAGGUAUUCUUUAAGUAAGCACCUGCCAUUGUUUCUUCGCAGUAAAUACGUGCGUCUUAAAGUGGAAUAACGGAGCGAGGCACGGUGUACAAUGGCUCAGGACGGGGUGAUCCUGCAAUUCACCUUUCCAACGUUUGGGGACUCCAUGCUUCAAAAGAUGGAUGCUCUUCGUAGAGACAGACGCUUCUGCGAUGUAAUUGUCCGCAUUAAUCACUUAGAAGUGCCUGGACACAAAGUGGUAUUUGCUGCCGGCUCCCCAUUCCUCAGAGACCAGUUUUUCCUUCAGGACUCGCACGAAGUACAAAUAUCUACACAGCAGGACGCAGAUGUUGGACAGAGACUUCUUCACUCCUGCUACACUGGGACACUUGAGUUUCCUGAGCUGGAAUUAGUACACUAUUUAACUGUUGCUAGCUUCCUACAGAUGGGUCAUAUUGUAGAGCAGUGCACUGAAGCUCUAAAUAAAUUUAUAAAACCUAAUGAGGUCAAAGAUGAGCGUGCAUCAUCUCGGCAGCCAUCGGCUUUUAACGCACAGCAUGCCCAACCUGUUGUGGAGACAUUAUGUGAUGAAGAAGAUGAGGUGAACAAUGAUGGGGAAGAUGACUUUGAGGAGGAUGAUGAUAUUAUCAUAGAGUCAAAAUCUCCACCUAUGUUCAGAAACUCUCAGAACAGGAGCAGAGAAGACAGUCCCAUUAGCAUUGUUAAGGUGGAAUCAAUAGAUAACCGACUGCAAGACAUCCCCGAUAACUUCCAGAAUUGCUCAACUCGUUCUCCAACACUCCGCUCACCAGAGCCACAACACUCCCUGAUAAACUCCACAGUGGAAACCCGCUCUUCUGGGAUUUCGGCUAACCCUGCUGCUGAAUAUUCACUCUCCUCACCAGGGCCCAGUGGGUCUGGGAAGGGGAACCUUUGGGGAUGCUCAAGGAAUGUCGACAAAGGCAUGCAGUGGUACCACCAGUGCCCAAAAUGUGCUCGUGUGUUUCGUCAACUGGAGAACUACGCCAAUCAUUUGAAGAUGCACAAGCUGUUUAUGUGCCUCUUGUGUGGAAAGACGUUUACUCAGAAAGGAAACCUGCACCGGCACAUGCGUGUGCAUGCUGGCAUCAAGCCCUUCCAAUGUAAAAUAUGUGGAAAGACUUUCACUCAGAAGUGCUCACUGCUAGACCAUUUGAACCUACACAGUGGGGACAAACCCCACCGUUGUAAUUACUGUGACAUGGUGUUUGCACAUAAACCAGUUCUCCGCAAACACCUGAAGCAAAUCCAUGGCAAGAACAGUUUUGACAAUGCCAAUGAAGGGAGUUUGCUGGAAGGGCUAUAAAUUCAUAGAAAAAUCUAAAACUAUUACAUUGAUAUACACAAGACACAUGUUUGUCUUGCAGAUACAGGCAAUUCUGUAAAUACAUAUUCCAAAAAGGGCUGCACGAUCAUGACAAAAAUCAUUGUCAAUUAUUUAAUUUCAAUUUACAUUAAAAUAUGUGGAUCAACUGCAUGCCAUAUUUUUUUAUGUAGGCUACACAUUCAAAACAAGCAGAGAAAUGAUUCUGAAUUACUCCACAGUCAUUUUGUCAAUAAAUGAAACAGGGCCUAAAUGGUAAACUUCACUAAGGCCCCCUUUGAAUAAAAAACAUA